GAUCCUGUUCGUUUUUAUCCAAAAUACUGCACUUCAGUGAUUCCAUUUGGGCGUCCUGGUUUGCGUCAUUUUGGCGCCCUUCAGUCUUUUACGCUGUUCAUGGAAUCCAACCAAAGCGAAGUCGCCGACUGGGGCCGGAAGGCAUGGAACUUGCUGGACUUAGUCCGACGGCAAUCGCCGCUUAUCCAAUGCAUCACGAAUUUCGUCUCCAUGGAUCUUAUGGCCAAUACCCUCUUAUCUGCCGGUGCGUCUCCAGCUAUGCUUCACUCCAUCGAAGAGAUUCCUGACUUCACUCCGCACGCUCACGCUCUCUCCAUCAACAUUGGCACUCUCUCCCCCUCUUGGUUUCCGGCCAUGAAAGCCGCCGCCACUCUGGCCUCUGAGUUGGGUAAACCGUGGGUUCUUGACCCGGUUGCUGUCAGUGCCUCUGCUUUCCGUAUGAAGGCUUGUCUCGAGCUUGUAGCGAUGAAGCCCACUGUUAUUAGAGGAAAUGGCUCUGAGAUUAUUGCUCUUUCCAAGGCUGCUUCUUUCACUGAACUAGCGUCUAAGGGUGUGGACAGCAUCCACGAGUCAGUGGAUGCCAUUGAAGCGGCUAAGUUAUUGGCUGAAUCAAGUGGUGCCAUAGUUGCAGUUUCUGGAGCCAUUGACAUAGUGACUGAUGGAAAACAAGUUGUUGGUGCUCACAAUGGGGUGGCAAUGUUGCAGAAGAUAACAGCUACGGGGUGUUCAGUCUCUUCCGUCAUUGCUGCCUUUGUAGCUGUUGAUAAACUCCACGCUUUGGAUGCUGCAGUAUCAGCAUUAUCCAUAUUUGGUGUUGCUGGUGAACUGGGAAUGAAGAUGGCUACAGGUCCAGCUUCAUUGCGAAUGCACUUGAUAGAUUCUCUGUACGGGCUUGAUGAAGCUGCUGUGGUAUCUCAUGUUAAAAUCACGAGUUUCUCUUAAAUCUGAAUUAUUUACUCUCAGAAAAAGAGAGAGAGAGAGAGAGAAAUCAUCUAUAGGUAAUUAUUAUGGGAUUUGGACCAAAUAUAAAUAUAGACUCUUGUCUCCGUUUGGUGAUCAUCUGAACGUGAAAAGGGAUUAGUGGAUGGCAUCUCAAAUCUAAAUACUACAUGAAUAAUAUUAAAAGUCGCUGGUAACUCCCGAGAACAAGUAUGUGGGAGUGCCGUGUUUGUCAAUGUUGCAUCUUAAUAUAGUAUUGGAGUUUGUGGAGGAUGAUCUUUGUCUUUUGGCAGUGCCAUUGAAUUUGAAAUUUGUUUCUAUUUA